ACCUACCUACAUAGAAUUCAGAAUCUUUUCUACCAGAUAAGCUUUGCCUUAAAUUUAUCUUCUCAUUAUUUCUCUUCCUUCUGACGACGCCCAUUCUGAAUAUGCGAUUGAUCUUUUAACUCGGAUGAUCAUUUAAAAUUUUAAUAUUCUUGAUAUGAUCACUUAUAACACUGCCAUGCAAAACUAGCCUUAGUCGAUAUAACAGGGCAUGACACGAAAAUGAUAAAGAGGUCCUGUGACCUUUAAGAACAUAUGACAAAAUUUUAGAUUGCAUAUUAUGUUUAAUCCUAUAUCGUUUUUAAGUUACUAACGUGAAGGAAUUAAGUUAAAUACACAUUUAAAUUUCGCUACAAACCGCUUCCGAAACACUAUCUAUCGUUUUAUAUAUUAACUCUAACCUAUAAAUAUAAAAUUUGUAAACAGUCAUUUUGUACGCAAAAUACAUUACAAAUAAUUGAUGAAUUUAAUAUUUUUUCCAUUUCUAAUUCUCUAAAUAAAUAUUUUAAUUUAUAUUGGUAUGAUGAAAACUGUAAUUUUAAAAAAUGAGCUUUGAUGAUAUUAGUAUACAAGCUGAAGAAAUUAGAAAUUUAAAUAAGCUUUCUAAAAAAGAUGCACAGACAUUACGAAAUUUAGAAAUUCAUUUAGAAAGUUCUGUAUUACCACAGCAUGAAAUUGAGUCACGUGCUGGAUCUCGCCCCCCAACACAUAAAGAAAUAGAAAGGUUUACACAAUUUGUUUCUCUUAAAAAAGGAUGUUAUCAUCCAUCGGAAGAUAAAAUAAUUAAUAAAAAUUGGAAAACAUUUUGUAAGUUACAUACAUGGGAUCCAUCAACUGUUCAACCAUUCUUAUUGCUGCGAGAAGGAAAUGCAACAUAUAUUCGGAGUAAAAAACAAAGACGAAAAUUUGUUCAAUUUUUAGCAAAUGGAUUACCAAACAGAACUUUAUAUAGUGUAUACCAUAGAUUUAGAAAUCUAUUUGCAGAUCGUGUACAAAGGAGGUUUCUUCCUGAAGAGGAUGAAAUGAUUAUAAAUCAUUUGGAACAUAAUUCAAAUCUUGAUGAAAAACGAAAGUAUUCAGAUUUAGCACAAGUUUUAAAACGUACACGAGCAUCUAUUUGGCGUAGAUACAAACUGCUCCAGCGAAAACGUAAAAAUAAAUUACAUAAUAAUUCUCAAUAAAAAGAAAACUUAUAUAUAUACAUAUAUUAUAAAUGCAAUAAAUUAUAAGCUAAAGUACCUUUAUAAAUCUAUGACUAAAUCUUAUCAUUAAUAUUUCAGUUGAGUUAAUCAAACAUAGGCUAAUAUAUGUUAUUAUUUAUUUAAAAGAUUGUUAUAAAUAAUAAAGGAGUUACGUUGUUACUAGUAAUUUUUUAAUCAUUAACUAAGUAUUAUCAACAGCUUAUUACGAUUUUAUAAACUUGCAAAUAAUUCAGUUUUGUUUUUUGGGAACAGAAAUGUUUAAACUUGCUUGUGAAUGUACAAAUUGUUAUUAACUUGUCAAAGUGUGGUGUGAAAUUCAGAGAAAUAGGGAAUAUUCCAUACAAAAUUCAAGUCUCCCACAGUUACAGUGAUAUGUUAAAUUUUAUAAUUUUUCAUUAAUUUGUAUAAAGAAAUUUUUAAUUCUGUAUAAAAGUGUAUAGUACUCAAUAUAUGCGCAAGUAUAAAAAAGUUUAUAAUAUUAUAUAAUAUUUGCAAUGAUAUUAAGUUACGAAUAUGUAGAAUAUACAAAUUUUAAAAUAAAUGACAAUAUUUAAAUAAAUCUUUACAUUAUUUUAAUGAAAGAAAGAAAUUUCUACUUAAUUACUCUUUUCAUAAAUUAAUGUAUCAAAAUAUGUAUUGGUUUAAAUAUAUACAAAUCUAAUUAUUAUAUAGUAAAAGCACAGUGACCACAUAAGCCUAAGUACAUGAAAUAAAUUUAAAAAGAAAGAAUUAUAACUUUUACUACACGAUUUUAAUAUGAAAAAAUAAUAUAAGGGAUGUGCAUAAAAGUUUUGUGAUAUGUAUUUGAUGCAUAUAAACAUUGAAAUUAUACUUACAUUUAGCAAAUGUAUUAGUAAUUGUAGUACAUUAUAAAAUUUAUUAUUUUCUAAAAUAAAACUAAUAUUUGUAUUAAAUAUAUAGUUCACAUUAUUUAAUAAAUUAAAUAUAAUAUGAAAUGAACUAAAAAUGAAGAUCAAAUAAUGCUUAUAUUGUCAAUGUAAGCAGUUACAAUAUUGAUUAUUUGCAACUGCGAUUACCCAGUGGAAAUUAUUUUUAUUAUAAGAGUUAAAAAAUUUUCAUUUAUCAUUAAUGU